UUAAAUUUUUUAUUUAUUUAAUUGUUUAUUUUUUUGGCCCCCAUCGACUACCGGCGUGAGAAAAUGAUUGUUGAGCGGAAGAGCGUGGAAAGAGGCACGGAUUCUCACUUGGUAGGUCUGCAAGCUUCAGUGAACAAGAUGAAUGGGUAAUUACCUGAUUGAGCUUACGGUGUUUACAUAAUGAUGCUCAUUGAGAUUCAUUCUGAAUACGAAGCUAUAGACUUCGAAUAUUUUAUUCUAAUUUGCUCAUCAUAUUGAACGUCUAUUGUGUGGAUUAUCAAAUUAUAGUGCUUCCUGAAAACACUAACAAAGUUUCUUCCACCCUUUAUACAUUUCUUCAACAUUAUAUGUGACUAAAGAAUGACUGUUCUACGUUGGACAACAUUCCUUCUACUAGUGAAAGUUUCCAGCCAGUCAGCAUGUGGAGACACUCAUUCGAAGGGCGAUUGUAAUUGUCUGCAGCAUUCGGAUGGUACUUGGGCAGUUGAUUGUACGGGACGUGGACUUAGUGCUUUACCCGGUGGUAUUCCAGUGAACACUACGAGACUUGAUGCUGCGAAGAACAAUAUAUCGGAGAUAUCGAACGAUACGUUGCUUCGACUACAGUACUUAUUUUCAAUAGUACUGGACUUUAACAAUCUGACUUCCUUGCCAAAGUUUCCAAAACGAAUCGAGUUCAUGUAUUUAUCAUCCAAUAAAUUGCAGCAUAUUGACCCUGAGGCAUUUGCUGAGGUGGGAAUGAUAGUGGUGUUGAGAUUGGAUAAUAACUUAUUAAAAGAGAUUCCGCUCGCUGUUUAUAAUCUCAACGUAACGGAUUCGUUAAUAAUAAGCAUGAACUUUAUCGACCUGAGCUCAAAUCCCAAUAGAAGCAUAUUUUCCCACUCGCCGCGAAAAUUGAUUAUAGCAAAAAAUGAAAUACAAUCAAUUUCAAGAAAUUAUUUUAGUGGAUUAAAAUCUCUGGAACAGAUACUUAUUUACCUGAAUAAGAUAUCAUAUAUAGAAGAUAAAUCUUUCAGUGGAACCAGUCUGACGCACUUAUAUAUCUAUGGAAAUAUUAUCCAGAAAAUCACAAGCGAAAUGUUCGAAAUAGACAGCGGUUCACUACAAUAUAUUUAUCUAUUUAAUAAUCCGAUUGAAGAAAUGGACGAAGGAGCGUUGUCUCAUCUGAAACCAAAUUCAACAGUGUAUUUGGAAUGUGGAAAUCUUGAAUAUAUUCCUUCGAAGAUAGCAGAACACACACAUGCAAUAUGUGUCACUAACAAAACAGAACUCAAUUUCUAUGCCGAUUAUUAUUCAAGUAUGUAUUUAUAUGGAAUGACGUGUACUGGCUUAACAUGUCACCCUUGUGGUCUUGGUUUAUACGGAAUGCUUGUAAGAUCAGGUUGUUACACUUGUCCAGCAGGUGGUUUUUAUCAAGACAAUCGUGGAUAUGUUAAAAGUGGUAAUUACAAAACCGACUGUAAACGAUGUAUAAAUGGAACGUUUUCCCCUCAUCCCGGAGGUACCUCAAUAUUUGCUUGCCAGUCAUGUCCAUCGGGAACCAACACAGAUGUAAUGGCAGAACUUGAUGCAUGUCCAUGCUUAGAAAAUUUUUAUCGCACUUACCGUUACGGCGCAUGUAAAUCGUGCCCUGAAGGAGUUGACUGCUCAGGUGGUUACCAAAAUUUAAGCGAGGGCUAUGGGUGGUCGUGGAAUUUUACACGUUAUCCCAAUCGUCUAGAUGAGUACAGACAAUUUGUCCAUAAUCUGACUACUUCCAAUUUCGAACUUUCUGAACCUAAUACUUUAAACUACACAGUGUACACUGGAGAUUUCCCGGUGGCCCACAAGUGUCCACGAAGUGAGAGUUGUCUUGGUGGAAUUGAAGCAAAGUGCUUGGAAGGUUAUUCUGUUAAUGUUUGGUUAUGUGCUGAGUGCAGUGACAAUUAUUACGAAUUAUUCGACAAGUGUUACAAAUGUCAGGAUAAAGCAAUCAUGAUAACUGUUCUGAUAUUGGUAAUUUUGGCGAUCGUAUGUGUUUCAUACUUAGUGUGGAGACUGGAUAAACGAAGAGGCGAGACAAUACGCAACGACUCUUUCGUGAUUCAUCUCAAAAUCGCCAUCAAUUUCUAUCAGGUUCUGGGUAUUCUAUCUGAAGUUAAUGAAAUACAUUGGCCUGAUUCGUUUCAAUCUGUUGGAGAGAGUGUCCAGUAUCUUGAUAUAAUACGUUAUAUCAAUAUUCUUAGCCCAAGGUGUAUAUUUCCUGGAGUUUGGAAUGCUUACACAUUUUUGUAUAUUGCCAUUGCAACACCAUUCACUAUUAUUUUGUCAACAUCUAUCAUCUUCCUCAUCUGGAACCUUUACAAACGAUACAAAGAGGAUCACUAUGUGCAUCGCUUAACAGACACAUUCUUGUCGAUUACAAUGAUGUUGCUGUAUUUGACCUAUGCAAACACUUGCUCAAACAUAUUGGCGGUCGGACCGUGGUCAGUUCGUACGUUUAAUGUUACAAAGGAUGGUGAUGAAAAACGAGUGUUAACUUCUGACUACUCUAUCGAUAUCGAUGAAUCUAAUGGUUCAAAAUACGAGACUAACAGGAACAUCGUUUAUGGUUCGUUGGUGUAUGUUAUUGGUUUUCCACUUGCUAUUAUUCUGAUAUUGUACCGUAGAUACACACGUCAUGGUGAACGAUCUGGUACCAUGGGAAUGAGGUUCUUCUGCAAGCAAUAUAGUCCAAAGUUUUGGUACUGGGAGGCAAUUGAUAUGUACAGCAAGGCUAUACUCGCCCUCAUCGCUAACUUCAAGGACGAUCAACCCUCCAACAUGUCAUAUUCCCUCUUUAUCACGGUCAUCCUCAUAGCAUUGCAUUUGUAUCUUGAACCAUUGGAGGAGAAGUCCGAUCAGAAGUUCCAGUUGCUGACACUUGUCUUCAUUAUCGUCAACUUGUCGGUUGGCGCAAUUGUUGACAUUGAAGAGUCCGGGGAACAUUCGGUGUACUCCACAGACGACACAAUAUCUGUGCUCCAUGACAUCACACCCUACAUCCUUUUGCUGCUCAAUCUGUCAAUUCUGUUUGUAGUUUUUGUUGAUCUACUUAAAAAAGUAAAGGAGAGCUUCUGGAGAAAUUCGACUGGUUUAAAGGAACUCAGAAAUGUUGCCAAUGACUUGGAAGACCACGAGAAUGAUCGGAAUCAACUUUCUCCAUUACUUCAGGAUUUCGACAGCUUAUCGACUUGCAAUCCCACGAUUAAUAACUAGUAGUUGUAAAUGGCAUAUUAACGUUAUAAUCGUUUGCCAUACAGUUUAGUAUAAUAAUUACAUCGAUACUGAGCGGCCUUUAGCUGAUAACAACGUAAUUAAGACCUACAGUAUAGUGCAACAUUCGGUUUACAAUAAUGAUGAUGAUGAUGAUGAUGAUGAUGAAUAUUUUUAAUGCGCCAGUAUCUAUCCGAGAUGCUCAUUGCGCAACGAUACAACAAUUAACUGGACGACAUUAAAUGUGUUCUAAGUUAAUGAAGUUAUAAAAAUGUUGAUAUUUGUGCAAUGUUAACAUAGUCCGGUAGUUUGUUCCAUGAGACGGCAGAGGUAAUUAAGUGUUCCCCCAGGUUCUGUGAGUUCGAGGUUUAGCGUAUACAAAUGGUGUCAUUAGAGCGCAUGAGUUCAUGUGUGCUCUGUAAAGCGUCCCAGUUCAGGCCCUGUCUCAUUAUCGUUUUUAUAGUUUUGUUAUAGGUUAAAAGAUCUUUAAAUUCAAUCAUGUGCUGCUCGGUGUACUGGGCAAGGUACUCAUCGAAUGCUUCACUCCAUUCAGUUUCGGAAAGAGGCCUUGGUUUUUUAGCGACUAGGUGUAGCGUUAGCUGAUUAUGUAAGACUGAGAAAUCGUAUGAGUCAGUUUUGUUAGGGUACAGUAGUUGAAAAAAAAAUCAACAAUUUUUUUUCUCAAAAUGUUCCGUUUCAUCUUGUUGGGAAUACUCGCAACUAUCACCAACCCCCUGAAAGGAGAACGGGAUACAUUGAGUCUACUACAUCAACCGUUUGUGAUGUGAGGUCAAUUAACGAGUUGUCUGUAGGAGAAAGAUGUGAAUGUGUAAGGGAAGUGUUUUGGAUGUUACGAUCUGGUGUACUGCUACUUUCCAGUAAAGACUGUUUCGAGGUACCCGUAUCCGUUGGAGUAAGCAUCUAGACGAGGUUGGCCACAGUAGUUACCAGCCUUGAAACUUGGUCUUGAAGAGCAUCCAUUGUUUUCUGCUUAAAUACAUUUUUCUUUUUGGGAGGGCAGUUGAUUGAGCGGACUUUCUCUUCGCUUUAGGAAUCCUGUUACAAAUGAGAAACUGAGAAAACCAUGGGUUAAUGAGAAAAUAAAUAGGAGCUAGAAUCCGAGUUCGCUGAAAUGAUAUAAAUACAGCACCUUGGUAAUCAACGUGCAGUUUUGUAUUUGAAAUGUAUGAUAGGCACGAGGGGCAACGCGAAUGUUGCCGAGUAGCGAAUAUCAAUCAAAUAACAGGGACCUGCAAAUACAACUUGUAACGAGUGCCUGAGUGAAUGUACGAUAGGCACGAGGGGCAACAUGAAAAUGUUGCCAAGCAGCCAAUUCUCUUUUAGAGAGCUCCAAAUAUCACUUGUAACGAGUGCCAGAAUGAAUUUAUGAGAGGCUAGAGGGGCAACAUGCGAAUGUUGCCGAGCUGCGAAUGUUCUCGUUAAACAGAGAGCUGCAGAUAACCUGUAACCACUACCAGAAUGAAAGGAAGCGUGGGUAAUGUGGGAAUGUUGCUGAUCAGCGGAAUCGCUAUACCUUACAUGUGGCAUCCAGUGUUACGGUAUGACCUAUCCCUAUGGUAACAUCAGUGACAUGUAAACCACACCCUCACUUAUCGUGAAACAAAUACAUGUGGUUAAGUGACUAAGCUCAUUACCAUGUUAGGUACAGAACCCUAUCUAGAACACGCUUAUAUAACCCAUAACAAGGAGUAAUCCGAUUCAUGGUAUUAACAGAUUUUGCAUAUAAUUUCAAAUCAAUUUAUUUUAAAUAGUGAGUCUUUAAGUAGUUACUCGAACGUCAUUGAAAAGGGCUUUGCGUAGAGAAUUUUUAUACCUUUUCUGUCCCAAGAGUUUAUUUGGGUGUAUUCCAUCCUUAGACCAUACCGAUAUUCGAACUUGCAAAAAUCCUUUAUGGACAUGGUAUGUCGAACGUGUGUCUACAUCACAAUGAUCUGUUAUUAUAUAUUAAAUAAUUAUGUGAACUUUCGUAUUAUAUGCAGUAUCGGUAUCACUGAAUAGAGCCGAACAGAUGGUAGUGUGUCUUAGGCCUACUUGUGGUACUAGAAUUUUGUGAACGAUAUCCAUCAGCCGGUCAGCGGCAGUUAGUGGCUCCAAGGUAUAAAAUACAUUACCCCCAAUGUCUAUGAUAAUAAAAUCGGGCUUAAUUAGUAAUAACUAAGAAAUAUACUGCGACAGAUUCCCAAUUUUUAGUCCUAGAAUAGUGUAAUUUGUAAAUUUUUAAGUGUUAUUUAAACGAAAUUUUAAUUGUAAUUUUCAGUAAUUUACAUAUGAUUAUCGUAAUUAUAGCAAUAUCAAUUAUAAUCAUAGCAAUAAUAAUAAUAAUAAUAAUAAUAAUAAUAAUAAUAAUAAUUACCUUUUUAUAUCUUGUGAUUUUAUAGUAUUGAUUAUAUUUCUUGAUGUUUAUUGCAAUUUUCGCCUGUAAGUGGAAACGAAGAGUUCCUGUUGGACGAUUGUUAUAAAAUAAAAUUAAAAAAUAAAUAAAUAAAAAGCAUACAUAGUAUUUGGCUUAUAGCCUUGGAAAGUAACAUGUAAGGUUGAACACUCACUGUUGUAUGUAAUGUGAUCGCCCAAACCUGAUACAAAACUAUGACCUAGAAUCGAGGUGGUAUUAAUUGCUUGAAAAAAAAGGGAAAACAAAUAAUGUCAACGAAAGAUAUAAACUGGAUAGAGAACUAAAUAAAUGUAAAUGUAAGUUACUGGCUUUACGCUCAGUUGAUUAGUGAUUUUUGGAAGUUAUUGAUAUUAGUACCUUAAAUAUGAUGCGUCUUCGUGAUGCUGUAAGAAGCAAAGAGGAUGAAUUGUGGGAUUGCUCCCGUAUCAAAAAUGCUAUUGCCUUCUUCAAUCGUUAUCAUCUUCUUCUUCCUCUUCCUCUUUGUCUUCGUCUUCGUCUUG